AAACACUGAACUUAUUUGGCAUUUCGAUUAAUAUAGGAAUGUGAAAAACGUUACGGUACAUGCACAACCAUACACACGUAUUUGUACAGUAUAGGUACGUGUGGGUAAAAGGGUUUUGGCAAGUCAAGAAGGGUUGGGUUGUAGCGUGUGGAAGCAGCCAUUAAGAGCGUGGACUCUGCUCUGAACAGAACCGUUUAAUCCACGCUUUUCAAGUUUCAACGGAACCAAAAGAUGGCGAGCGAAGAGCUCCUCAAGCCGUUCUACCUAAGAGCUACCCAAGCCGAGGGUUCUAUUUUAAUCUGCAUACAAAUUUGGGUUUCAAGUGCAGCCAGUUUAGUUCUCCUACGGCAAAUUUUGUUAGGAAAUUUUUGGAAACGGUUAUCCAGACUAGAAGCUGUUCUAGCUCGCAAGACAGAUGCCGGAAAUCGGGAACCUUCCAAACUAAUUAGUGAACUACAGGCAAAGCUAGAAGAUGCAAACGCUGAGACACUUGCAGAGCGAGAGAAGGCUAAGAAGCUUGCUGUGGAAAAUGAAAAACUCAAAUAUCGGAUUGUCCAUCUUGUCCAAGCAGUUAGCGAGGCUGAUCAGAAGUUGGAGAGUAUGAGAGGUCAUGUUUCAGAAGCAACAGCACAAAAGUUGGAAAAGAUGAGAUUGUGAGUUUGGUCCCUCUGGAUUGACAUUAAGCUGAGAUAAAGUCUGGUGCUUUGUGACAAAAGAAUUCUAUAGAUUGUUCACAUGUUUCUUGUGAAAGUGGUCUGAUUGUGCCUCUGCAAGGCAAGCCACCUGUAAGAUUUGCCUUUUGAAUUUAUAUAACCAAUUGGAUUGACUUGGUAUUGAUGAGGAGAAAACAUGAAUGAAAAUGCCCUUUGCUUUGAAAUA